UUUUUCCACUUCUCUCCCUCCCCCUUCCGUUUCUAUUUGUGAAGGGAGGGAGGAGGAAGGCAGAGGCGGGCUGGUGUCUCUGGCCGGGGACUGGAAUUUCAUCUGAAUGACUGCCCCGCCGCGCACGCAGCGCCCCGGAGCCGGCCCGCCCGCGCCCCGCAGCCCGCGCCCGCGGACGGACGGCCAGCCGCGGGGCGCCCGGAGCCCGCGGGCCCGGAUCUAGCCGUCCGCGCCGCCGCAGCACUUGCUUCCCCGGCCCUCGGACCCUGGACCGGGCGCAGGGGAGCCGGGAGGGAGCCACCAUCGCCGCCGCCGGAGGAAGUGUGCGGUUCCCGGGCUCCGUCCGCCGCGGGGCGCGCCCCGAUGCCAGCCGCGGGGCCCGGCGCAGGCCGCGGGCCGGGGCUGCCCUAGCCGCGCAGCCCGGGAGGCGGCCUCUUGUAUGGAAUUUGGACUCCGGCGCCCCCCCUCAGGGCCGGUGCCCCGGCCGCGGCCCUGGCGCCGCCCGCCGCCUCCCGCUAGGCGCCCGGGAGCCGUGAGGACCUAGCUCCCCCCGGGGCCCGGCGCGCGGAAGGCGCCGGCGACUGAGCGACUGUCCGGGCCUCCCGGGGCCGCAGCUCCGGGCUCGGCGGGCCUACAGCGGCACCGGCCGGACCCCCAGGGUUGGGGAGCUGGGAAGGUCUUGCCCGGGCCGCCCGCCCGCCCGCAGCCGCCAUGGCGGAGAAUUGGAAGAAUUGCUUCGAGGAGGAGCUCAUCUGUCCCAUCUGCCUGCACGUCUUCGUGGAGCCGGUGCAGCUGCCCUGCAAGCACAACUUCUGCCGGGGCUGCAUCGGCGAGGCGUGGGCCAAGGACAGCGGCCUGGUGCGCUGCCCCGAGUGCAACCAGGCCUACAACCAGAAGCCGGGCCUGGAGAAGAACCUGAAGCUCACCAACAUCGUGGAGAAGUUCAACGCCCUGCACGUGGAGAAGCCGCCCGCGGCGCUGCACUGCGUGUUCUGCCGCCGCGGCCCCCCGCUGCCCGCGCAGAAGGUCUGCCUGCGCUGCGAGGCGCCCUGCUGCCAGUCCCACGUGCAGACGCACCUGCAGCAGCCCUCCACCGCCCGCGGGCACCUCCUGGUGGAGGCGGACGACGUGCGGGCCUGGAGCUGCCCGCAGCACAACGCCUACCGCCUCUACCACUGCGAGGCCGAGCAGGUGGCCGUGUGCCAGUACUGCUGCUACUACAGCGGGGCGCAUCAGGGACACUCGGUGUGCGACGUGGAGAUCCGGAGGAAUGAGAUCCGGAAGAUGCUGAUGAAGCAGCAGGACCGCCUGGAGGAGCGUGAGCAGGACAUUGAGGACCAGCUGUACAAACUCGAGUCAGACAAGCGCCUGGUGGAGGAGAAGGUGAGCCAACUGAAGGAGGAAGUGCGGCUGCAGUAUGAGAAGCUGCAUCAGCUGCUGGACGAGGACCUGGGGCAGACGGUGGAGGUUCUGGACAAGGCCCAGGCCAAGUUCUGCAGCGAGAACGCGGCGCAGGCGCUGCACCUGGGGGAGCGCAUGCAGGAGGCCAAGAAGCUGCUGGGCUCCCUGCAGCUGCUCUUCGACAAGACGGAGGACGUCAGUUUCAUGAAGAACACCAAGUCUGUGAAAAUCCUGAUGGACAGGACCCAGACCUGCACGGGCAACAGCCUCUCUCCCCCUAAGAUCGGCCACCUGAACUCCAAGCUCUUCCUCAACGAGGUGGCCAAGAAGGAGAAGCAGCUGCGGAAGAUGCUAGAAGGCCCCUUCAGCACGCCGGUGCCCUUCCUGCAGAGCGUCCCCCUGUACCCCUGCGGCGUGAGCAGCUCCGGGGCGGAGAAGCGCAAGCACUCGAUGGCCUUCCCCGAGGCCAGCUUCCUAGAGACGUCGUCGUCGUCGGGCCCCGUGGGCAGCCAGUACGGGGCAGCGGGCACCGCCAGCGGCGAGGGCCAGUCGGGGCAGCCCCUGGGGCCCUGCAGCUCCACGCAGCACCUGGUGGCCCUGCCCGGAGGCGCCCAGCCGGUGCACUCGAGCCCCGUGUUCCCCCCGUCGCAGUACCCCAACGGCUCCGCCGCCCAGCAGCCCAUGCUCCCCCAGUACGGCGGCCGCAAGAUCCUCGUCUGUUCCGUGGACAACUGUUACUGUUCUUCCGUGGCCAACCACGGCGGCCACCAGCCCUACCCCCGCUCCGGCCACUUUCCCUGGACAGUGCCCUCGCAGGAAUACUCACACCCGCUCCCACCUGCUCCCUCCGUCCCCCAGUCCCUCCCCGGCCUGGCCGUCAGAGACUGGCUCGACGCCUCCCAGCAGCCUGGCCACCAGGAUUUCUACAGGGUGUACGGGCAGCCCUCCACCAAACACUACGUGACCAGCUAACGCCAGCGGGCGGCGGCGCUGGGGAGUCUUCCCCCCCAGCCCCCAGAGGCUCGGGAAUUAUGCAUCCAGAGACCUGUCCUUCCUUCCUGUCCUCCCUCCCUCUUUCCCCUAAGUCUUGUCCUUUUGGAUUUCGUUUUGUUUUGGGCUUUGUUUUUGAUUUUUUUUUUUUUUUUUUUUUUUAUGAAUCUCUGGACGUGGAGUGACAGUGGGAGCUGGGCUGGGGCCGCAGGUGGCCCUGGAGUUGGGAAAGCGUCUACCUCAAGGCGCUGAGCUCUCUCUGUCUCCUGUGCUCUCCCACGCCUUCUCCCUCUCACCCCUGCAGCUGAAGGGGCCUCAGCUUUCCCUGAAGCCUUGGGGGGUGGGGCAGUCCUCCUCACCCAGCCCUGGAGGAAGGACCAGUGCCCACUGGUCUGCUUCCCUUGUUUUUCUUUUGGGCAGUUUGAUCACUGACUGAGUAAGAAAUGACCUGUAGAUUGUGGGGCUUUUGUUUUUUAAUUUUUUUUUUAAACCAAGAAUGAUUUCUCCUGCUUCUUUCUUCUCACCAUCCUCCUAGAUGGAGUUCAAAGGCCACUUCUCAAGCAGCUUUUGGCACCUUCAGCCUCAGAGUGGAAUCUUACAGACAGGAACCCCAUGUCCAGGAAAGAAAAAGAAGGAACUUUGCCAAUAAUAGUGACCACAGCAAAAGCAAAUAAUAAUAUUAAUAAUAAUAAAGAGAAAUAAAAGAAAUAAUUAAGUAAAAAAACCAUAGCACAGCCCUUGUUGAGGUCAGCAGGGGAAGAGGGGCUGCCCUGAGUUGGGUCCUGGCCUGGAUUUUGACACAGCAACUUCCUGUAGUGAGCACUUUGUAUGAAUCGUGGACUUCCUGUUCUCAAGGCGCAGGUAUUCUGUAAUCUGUCUAGAGCACACACCGAAAUCCGAGUUCUAAUAAACAAUGGCGCAGUCCCA